AUGACCGACGAACGCAAACUCAGCUCGCCCAAUGGAAGCAUCCACAAGCCGGAGAAGAAGGUCAGCUUCGCCAAGGACCUCGGCCGGAUCUUUUUGCUGCGGCAAAGAGAAGCCGGCUCCACCGAGAGCGCAAGCAGCAACGGAAGCGGCGGCGUGGCAGCGAAAAAAGAGCCCAUCCAGCUGGUCACCGCCCGGAAGAAGCACGUCUAUUGG